AUGAUGCCCGACGAAACCCAGAAAAAGGAACAUGGCGGCAUCCCCACGUCUAGCAAAGGCAUCGAGGUGGAGUAUUCGAGCGAUCCUGACAGGAGUGGCUUCGAUCAGGUCUCGACCAAGAAACUCUUGAGGAAGAUCGACUGGACGUUGAUUCCCUUCCUCGCCUUAUUGUACCUGCUGUCUUUCUUGGACCGAACCAACAUUGGCAAUGCCCGCUUGGCUGGAAUCGAGGUCGACCUAGGUAUGGCAGGCCUCGACUACAAUGUAGUACUGGCUGUCUUCUUCCCAUUUUACAUCGCUUCCGAAAUUCCUUCCAACUUGGCCAUGAAGAGAUUCCGUCCUUCAAUCUGGAUCCCAUGCAUCAUGAUCGUCUGGGGCGUCGUUUGUACCCUCAUGGGCCUUGUUACGAACUAUGCUGGCCUCUUGGCAUGCAGAAUGGCUUUGGGUCUGGCCGAGGGUGGCCUAUUUCCAGGCAUUAAUUACUAUAUUACCCUCUGGUAUCGUCGGCACGAGUGCGGUUUCCGCAUGGCGGUUUUCUUCUCUGCAGCGACCGCCGCUGGUGCGUUCGGCGGCCUUCUUGCUAGGGGCAUCGUGGAGAUGGACGGUGUUGGUGGCAAGCCCGGCUGGGCAUGGAUCUUUAUCCUCGAGGGACUUGCAACGCUCGCUGUUGCCUUUGCCGCCUUUUUCGUCAUGAACGAUUAUCCUUCUACAGCCAAAUUCCUCACCAUCGCAGAGAAAGAAGAGGUCACUCGCCGGCUGGAGCAGGACAGAUCUGCGUUAGCUGAAGAGUUUGACAUGAAGUAUUUUUGGGAUGCCAUUAAAGAUUGGAAAAUUUGGGUACACAUGUUCAUCACCAUUGGCAUCUACACCCCUUUAUACUCCUACUCCCUGUUUCUUCCUACCAUUGUCCGCACCUUGGGUUACAGCAAUGAGACGGCCCAGCUCAUGACCGCCCCGCCUUACGUUGUCGCUUGCGUAAUCUGCGUUGCGGGCGGCUACUUAGCCGAUCGCCACGGCCAACGUGGAAUCUAUAUGAUUGGCUUCGGGUUACUGUCUAUCAUUGGGUUCGUCAUGCUCAUUUCUACACACAAUAACACGGUGAAAUACGUCGGAUGUUUCCUCGCUGCAGCCGGUGUCUUCCCGAACGUUCCCCAGGGUGUGGCCUGGAACGGCAACAACAUAGGCGGCUCGGUCAAGCGAGGAGUCGGUAUUGCGAUGCACAUCGGCUUCGGAAACCUGGGGGGAAUGAUCGCUGGCUUCAUGUUCCAGGCCAAGCACUCGCCUCAAUUCUACCCCGGACACGCAGCUGUCAUUGGGUUCCUCACCAUGUCGUUGAUAGGUUCUAUCUUCAUGACAACUUACCUGCGACGGGAGAAUGCCCGGAGAGACCGAGAAUACAAGAGCCCGUCAGAGUAUACUGCGGAGGAAAUGGCGGCAGAGCGUGGCAAGGGUGAUGAUGCUACGUUUUUUCGGUACACCAUUUAGGAUUCUUAGUAUAGCC